AGGCCACGUUAAAUGAUACUAAUGAGAAAGUAGCCAUAAAAAAAGUUUUUUAAGAUAAAAGAUAUAAAAACAGAGAAUUCGAAAUAAUAAAAACAUUAAAUCAUUAAAACAUAGUAAGAUUAAAAUAAGCAUAUUAUACACAUGGAAAUAAUGAAGACGAAGUUUAUUUAAACUUAGUAAUGGAAUAUAUACCUGAAACUCUUUCAAACAUAAUAAGAUAUUAUAGAAAAAGCAAAUAAUAAUUUCCUCCUUUAUUACUAAAAGUGUUUUCUUAUUAAAUGUUUAGAGCUUUGGCUUAUUUAAAGGGAAUCGGAAUUAGUCAUAGAGAUAUUAAACCUUAAAACAUUUUAACUGAUUCAUCUAAUUAUUUACUUAAAAUUUGUGAUUUUGGAUCUGCAAAAAAACUUGUUAAAGGAGAACCGAAUAUUGCUUAUAUUUGUUCUAGAUAUUAUAGAGCACCAGAGCUUAUUUUUGGAGCCGAAUAAUAUAAUACUUAAAUUGAUGUGUGGUCUAUAGGAACUGUUAUUGCUGAAUUAAUACUAUGUGAACCACUUUUUCCAGGUCAAAAUGCAGUAGAAUAAUUAGUUGAAAUUAUUAAAAUUCUAGGUACACCUUCUAAAGAAUAAGUACUUAAAAUGAACCCUUAACAUAAUUAAUUUAAUUUUGCUUAAAUAAAACCAAGUAAUUGGUCAAAAAUAUUUGCUAAAUAAAAACCUGAUCCAUUACUUAUUGAUUUAAUAAGUAGAAUACUUGUUUAUGUCCCAAAUGAAAGGCCUACACCUCUUGAAGCUCUUUUACACCCAUAUUUUAAUGAGUUAAGAUAGUAAAAAUUUUAUUAGAGUAAUACUGGAAUGCCUGAUUUGUUUAAUUUUAAAACUGAGGAAGUAAGUACAUAAUCUUAAUUAUAUAAUUAA